AUGACACGGGUAGAGGGUGCUAGAGAUCCUUCAGCACUGAUCCAAGAGCUCGCAGAGAAUGAUAUACAGACAUUUGACAAACCUAGUCGAGAUGAUCCGUUUGGGGACCUGAAAAAUAGGUUUUCACGUUUCAAAAAGCAAAUCUGUUUGUAUGUAGACAGUAACCUUAUGCUAAAUUUAAUUGAUGGAAAUGUUUUUCUUAAAUUCAUUGACAGUUGCAUAAUUCCUUAUGAGCAGGGACAAUCCAGUUCUGUACAACAACCUUGCUCAGGCUCAGACACCUAAGGUAUCCUUUUCAUCUUCACGAUUUGCGAUCAUUCCAGGGAGAUUUGCUCACUCUAGCAAGUGUGAAUAAAAAAUUUAACGUGUGUGAUGGAUAUUGAAAUUUGUUGUGGGCGAAAAUCUACUGGCUGUCAUUUUGUUCAGUUAAGUUUAUCAGAUAUUAGAAAUGAAUGAGGUGAAGAUUGGUUCUUUAACACAUCGUUGAAACUAACCCAGACUCCCCUGUGUGUCACAAAUAUUUUCCUUUUUUAUUAUCGUUUUUAAAUUUUUUAUUUCAUUUUCUAUUUUCGUUUUCGUUCUUGGCCAGUCUUCUUCCGGCUGUUCCAACAGUUCUCAUAGUCUUCCAAUGUGGAGUAGAGAGCAAAAUGAUGACAAACGUAUUGUAUCCACUUGUCCUGUUGCAUGGUGACUCGUGCCCCCUACUUUUGUCCAUGUUACACGACUUAUUUUUAGUUACCUACUUCUUAUAACUACAGAUUUAAAGAUAUUGCAUGAAUUCUUAUGUUUACUUGUUUCUGUAAAAACUCAAGAGAUUUCUUACGUGCUGCUAGCUUCAACGCAGUUCAUGGUAAUUGCAUGCGCAGACUCCAGGGUCUGCCCUUCUACUGUUCUGGGGUUUCAACCAGGAGAAGCCUUCACAGUUAGGAACGUGGCAAAUAUAGUUCCCCCAUUUGAGGUAAUCUUUCUAAACAAAUAAUAUCUAUCUUGGCGCAUGAUGGCAAGGAAAACUCCAUUGUUCCACUUCAUUUAGAUUUUUAGUUAACAUAUUCUCUCUUUCUGACAGCAUGGACCAUCAGAAACCAAUGCAGCUCUUGAAUUUGCCGUAAAUUCUCUGGAGGCAAGUGAUUGCUGGAUAUACUAAACCUUGUGAGGAAAAUGUGCAUGCACUUCUUAUCAUUAACAUGAAAAUGUUGACUCUCUUGGAUAGGUUGGAAACAUACUAGUAGUUGGACACAGUCGAUGUGGUGGCAUUCGUGCGCUUAUGAGUGCAGAGGAGGAUGCCGAUGUUGGGUACUCUUCACAUUGACUUCCUUCUCCAUUCCCCUCUUUACCAAUAUGACACUUAUCAUGAGAAGAGACAACAAACUUCUGUUAGGAUAGUAGAAACAACUAAAAUUGUAAUUCCUUAUUGUGAGAACAGUGUCAUUUAAACUAAUUUUCAAAUUUUUAGAAUCGUCAUCAAAUAAUGACUUUUGAUAAAUUUACUCUGACCUCAUUUAAUUUAUCCUGACAGCCCUUUGAUCUCAUCUGGAUCUGAUAAAGGCUUCACAAGUAAGUGGGUUUCUGUUGCAAAGAGUGCUAGGCUAAGGGCAAAGGCAGCUGCAGGCAAUCAGUGCUUUGAUAUGCAGUGCGAACACUGUGAGAAGGUAAACUCUAAUGCUGAAUCCAACAUGUAUCUAUCAUUAUCACCAAAGUUUCGAAUCCCUUCCUCCAAGCUUCCCUAUUCUCCAUAAGCAGUCAUAUUUCAUCCAGAUUUGCAAUAUUUUCUUUUCAAGUGGAACCCACAUAUUGCUGCUCUCGUCAUUUGAUGGAGAAGGUUGGAGUGUGUUUUUCACAUUGCAAACAAGCGUCAUAUUCCUUUCUUGUGGUGUGUUCUUCAGUUUCCUUGUGGAGGAGAGAAUAUGCCCUGAAAGGAGCAAAAUGAAGGUGGACUGGUCCCCUGUCACACUCAUGUCCUACCCUGCCAGCCUAAUUCCUAGACAUGAUUCCCAAGUGGAGCAAGGUGCUAGUUGUAGGAGGUGUUGAAGGGCUGGGCUUGGGGACCACAGGGUUUGAUAUCCUGUGGUGUGGGCUCCAGGGAAGAAAGAUAGGGGGCGGUGGGUAGUUAGUGGUUGCAGGUUUUCUAGGAAAAGAAGAGAGUAGCCUUGGUCAGAAUGUUACUAAAAAGCUCUACAUUUUCUUACCGAGAUCAUGCUGAUUUCUUGUGCAGUGUCCUGCUUAAUAGUGUCCUGCUUGGAAUUAUCAUUUCGUAGCAGUAGCCAGGAGUCCACUGUAGGGGAUCCUCUUGAGUUUCAAUCUGACCAUCUGCCUGUCUGAUGCUGCAGGAAUCAAUCAAUGGAUCACUGCAGAACCUGCUGUCCUAUCCAUGGAUCAAACAAAGAGUGGUCGAGGGUAAGCUCGCCAUCCAUGGUGGGUACUACGACUUCGUCAACUGCACCUUCGAGAAAUGGACGCUUGUAUACAGGGAGAACGAGGAGGACGCCUUCAAGUAUGGGAUAAAGGAUCAGGCCUUUUGGUCAUGA